GAAGCCCUGGUUCAUACCAUCCGUCCUUAUUGCCGGUGGCUCUAAGGAGCCCAUCAUGGCGACGCCCCCUAAGCGGCGGGCUUUGGACAUCACGGGGGAGAAAGUGCUGCGUUAUGAGGCCUUCAUCAGUGACGUGUUGCAGCGGGACCUGCAAAAGGUGUUGGACCAUCGAGACAAGGUAUAUGAGCAGCUGGCCAAAUACCUUCAACUGAAAAAUGUCAUUGAGCGACUCCAGGAAGCUAAUCACUCGGAGUUAUAUAUGCAGGUGGACUUGGGCUGUAACUUCUUCGUUGACACGGUGGUCCCAGACACUUCCCGGAUCUAUGUUGCCCUUGGAUAUGGUUUUUUCCUGGAGUUGACACUGGCCGAAGCUCUCAAGUUCAUUGAUCGUAAGAGCUGUCUCCUCACAGAGCUCAGCGACAGCCUCACCAAGGACUCCAUGAAUAUCAAGGCCCACAUCCACAUGUUACUAGAGGGGCUUAGAGAAUUACAAGGUCUGCAGAAUUUCCCGGAGAUGCCUCACCAUUGACUUCUGCCCUCACGCCCCCGACAUUAAAGAGCCUGAAUUCUUUGAGUCA